AUGAAUGCUUUCAUUUUCAUUCUUCUCACUUUUGUGUUGAGCUUCCAUAUUCAUUUUGCUACAAGCAGUUCAAAAACAUAUAUUGUUCAUGUGAAGGGGCCACAGGAUAGGACACUCGCUGAAUUAGAUGAUUUGGAGAACUGGUAUCAUUCAUUUUUGCCACCUACGAUUAUGAGCUCUGAGGAACAACCACGAAUAAUUUAUUCAUAUCGGCACGUGAUGAGUGGUUUUUCUGCAAGACUGACGGAACAAGAGCUGAGAGAAGUGGAAAAGAAGGAUGGCUUUAUCUCUGCUCGCCCCGAAAUGAUGCUACAUCCCCAAACCACACAUACCCCACAAGUUUUGGGGUUGCAGCAGCAAACGGGACUGUGGAAGGAAUCGAACUUUGGAAAGGGAGUAAUUGUUGGGGUGCUGGAUACUGGAAUCGUGCCUGACCAUCCUUCAUUCAAUGAUGCAGGAAUGCCACCACCGCCACCCAGAUGGAGAGGAAGAUGUGAAUUCCAGGUAACAACUUGUAACAACAAAAUAAUUGGAGCAAGGUAUUUCGGCCGAGAAGUGAAUGCAAGGAAAGGAGCAGAUGCAAUAAUUGAUGAAGAGGGACAUGGGACUCACACAGCAAGCACAGCAGCUGGUGCUUUUGUUGAUAAUGCAGAAGUACUAGGAAAUGCCAAAGGCACAGCAGCAGGGAUUGCCCCUCAUGCUCACCUGGCAAUAUACAAAGUAUGUUUGGAAAAAGACUGCCCGGAAGGCAGUGUAUUGGCCGCAUUGGAUGCAGCUGUGGAGGAUGGCGUGGAUGUAAUAUCAAUAUCCCUUGGCCUAAACGUGUCUCCUCCCUUUUUUUAUGAUAGCAUCGCAAUAGGCACGUUUGCAGCAAUGCAGAAGGGAAUCUUUGUAAGUUGUUCAGCGGGGAACUCUGGCCCUUUCUCUGGCACCUUGGUGAAUGGAGCCCCUUGGAUCCUCUCAGUUGGAGCAAGCAAUGUUGACAGAAGCAUUGUAGCAACAGCAAAGCUAGGAAACGGGCUAGAAUUUGACGGCGAAUCUGUUUUCCAGCCUUCCAAUUAUACUCCACUGCUACCCUUAGCCUAUGCUGGUAAUAAUGGCAAACCUGAAGCUGCACUUUGUGCUACGGGAUCCCUGAACUAUAUUGACUUCAGCGGCAAGGUUGUUUUGUGUGAGAGAGGAGGGGAUACAGGAAGAAUUGCCAAAGGGAAGGAAGUAAAGAGAGUUGGUGGUGCAGCCAUGAUUAUCAUGAAUGAUGAAAGCAAUGGCUUCAGUCUCUUUGCUGAUGUACAUGUUCUACCUGCAACACAUGUAAGCUAUGAUGCUGGACUUAAGAUUAUAGACUACAUAAAUUCAACUGAAACACCCACAGCUACCAUUUUAUUCAAGGGAACUGUAAUAGGAAACUCCCUAUCUCCGGCCGUUUCAUCCUUCUCCUCAAGAGGUCCCAACUUGCCCAGUCCUGGUAUUUUGAAACCGGACAUCAUAGGACCAGGCGUCAACAUCCUAGCUGCCUGGCCAUUCCCCCUUAACAACAAUACUGAUUCAAAAUCCACUUUCAGCAUCCUUUCCGGCACAUCAAUGUCAUGCCCACAUCUCAGUGGCGUAGCCGCUUUGCUCAAAAGCUCUCAUCCUGACUGGUCACCAGCUGCCAUAAAAUCUGCCAUAAUGACUUCUGCAGACAUAAUGAAUUCUGAACACAAACUCAUUGUUGACGAAACACUUCAACCUGCCGAUAUCUUUGCCACAGGUUCUGGCCACGUGAAUCCAUCAAGAGCAAAUGACCCCGGGCUAGUUUAUGAUAUCACGCCAGAUGAUUAUAUACCUUAUCUAUGUGGUUUAGGCUACAGAGAUACGGAGGUUGGUAUCAUUGCACAUAAAACAAUUAUGUGCUCUGGGAUUUCAAGCAUUCCCGAAGGAGAGCUGAACUAUCCCUCAUUUUCUGUGGUGCUUGGUUCCCCACAAACAUUCACAAGGACUGUAACAAAUGUAGGUGAGGCGAACUCGUCUUAUGUUGUCCAGGUUACAGCGCCAGAAGGGGUCAAUGUGAAGGUCCAGCCAGAUAAACUGAACUUUUCAGAAGCAAACCAGAAAGAGGCAUAUUCAGUGUCAUUCAGUCGUAUAGAAUCAGGCAAUGAAACUGCGGAAUAUGCUCAAGGAUUUUUACAAUGGGUCUCUGCCAAACACACUGUAAGGAGUCCGAUCUUAGUCAUCUUUGUGUAA